AUGGGGAGGGCGCCAUGCUGCCAGAAGCUGGGGCUGAAGCAAGGAAAGUGGACCAAGGAGGAGGACGGCAUACUUGCAAACUACAUAGCCCAGCAUGGUGAGGGAUCAUGGAGGUCUCUGCCCAAGAAUGCAGGGCUACUGAGGUGUGGCAAGAGUUGCAGGCUGCGGUGGCUCAACUACCUGAGGGGUGGGCUGAGGAGGGGCAACUUCUCUAAGGAGGAGGACGAUCUCAUCGUGAAGCUCCAUGCCACCAAUGGCAACAGGUGGUCGCUAAUCGCCAGCAACCUACCAGGGCGGACCGACAAUGAGAUCAAGAACUACUGGAAUUUGCAUCUCGGGCGGCAGUUCCACAGCUUCAAGCAGACAUACACUGCCAACAAAAGCACCACCAUAACCAUUGACAUCAACAAGCUUUCUGCCACCAACAGGAAACGACGAGGCGGUCAGGCGCCAGGUCAAUUGCCAAGGAGCAGCACGAAGAAGCAGCCGACACCUAAGCCCGCCAAGCCGCAGGAUGGCUCUAGCCCGAUUGGUGCCACUUCAUUAGCAUCAUGCCUACCACAGGGUAAUCAGGACCAGAACCAGCCCAUCAACAUCACUGUCAGCCAUACUUUUGGUGAGCCCUACAGUGGAAAUGGGAUAUGUCACAUGGUCAGGGACAACAUAGACCAGAAUGGUGGUGUCCUAGAGCCAAACAAUGCAAUAGAUUGGAUUGAGCUCUUGGAACCGAACAACUCAAUGAAUCAUAUUGGGCUUUUGGAGGACGAAAGCGAGAUGGAGGCCCUAUUGUCAAGCAUGGACUUGACAACUAGUGGGCAUUCAGUCAUUGAGCAUGGAGGCCAGUCUUGGUUGGAGGAUCUCCUAGACAUGGGGUGGGAGGGGGUUGCAUCCCAUCUUUGGGGCCAGUCUGCCCAGAAUGAUCUUCUCCAGACUACUAUGCCACAUGCAAUGACAGGCUCCGAGGUGAGGGAGUUCGAGCAGUUCGUAAGUUGGCUCCGCUCUGAUGAGUUCUAA